AUAAAGUCAAAUUUUCUAAUUUCUAAUUGAUGUUGCACAUCAUUUAUAUAUGGGAAGAUUUGUGUCCAUGUACCGUUAUACCCAUAAGGAAAACUUUGUUUGGAUAUUUUAUUUGACAUUUAACGAAUUCUUUGAAUUGAAAGGGUGUUUUUGUAGAAACUGUAGGACUUAGGAAAGUGUCCAUGUUGAGCCGCCAUUCAUAAUAUUGUGGGUUUUUUUCACGCUUACAAUGUUCAUUUUGAGUCUUCGUUCGUGCUAUACAUGUAUACGGACAUUUUACGCGUAGUUAUACUUUAAGUGUUACGGCCAUGACCAUUCUCUAUUCACUUACGGAAGUAAAUGGUUUAAGAUAUCAACAAGGACAUAAAGAGAAGAUUUUGACAUGACUUGAUGGAUAUUUUGAAAUUUAAAUCAACGAACUGAAGAACUAUUUAUAGGCGCGCUCUUUCAUUUUAAAUUGUGCUGUGUCCAUGUUAAAACAUUGCACCUGAUUGUGUUAAAAUUUAUUAUUAUUUUUAUAAUAAAAAAGUGAGCAGGAGUAACGUAUUCGAACGCUAACCUUUCAACGCAAUGCGGCAAUAAUUUCGUAUGUGCGAUUUGGUGGAUUUUGGUUCAGGACAAAGACCGCUUAACACUGUAAAAUAAGCAAACGUGGACCAAAAAGCUUCCAAAGGAAAAGUUAAACGGGAAACUUCAUAUGGCAAGGCGGAUAAGAUCAACAAUCAGCAACAAUCAACCAAGAAGAUGAACGCGAAUCCAAAUCAAAAAGGCUUUGAUAAUACGAAAAAGGAAACAGCAAAGCUAUUGAAUAAUGAUCGUAUCCCGGAGAAAUCGAUUGCACUCAAACGUGAGAUACUCAUUUUGUUAAAAAUCAGUAAAGUGUUUGUGUGUGAUGAUGUGUUCUUGCACAUUCAGGAGGUCACCAUUGAAAAUGUGUCGAAAUCAGUAGCAAAUAUGAUAUUCAAACUGUUUAAAAAACAUUCAAGCAUGGAUUCGUUAUUGCUCCAGUUGCAGCAUGACCUUAGCAACAUUGGUGAAACCAAGGGGAUAGAUAUCAUGGCGUACACUGCCGAGGAGUAUUAUGAAGCCAGAUCUCUUAUGGACCCUACACACAACACGUACACACGCCGUAUUUCAACGAGGGUAGUAAUCACUCACAGAAUGUUCAAUGAAGCAUGGGAAACGUCAUUUUACCAGCUCAAACACACGAACAUCUUUCCACAUAAUAUCAGGAUGUUUCUGUACCUUCCUGUACUCAGCAACUGGUACAUAAACAGAAAGGAUGCAGUGAACGAGGUGACCCAGUGACCCAGUCCAACGUAGGCGAAUGUAGCGGCGGCGUUGGAAUUCAUGUCAUACGAUACAAAUACAUAUAAUAACAUGUUGAUAUUGUCGAUGGUGUAAGCAAGGAAACGAAAAUACCAAUUUAAAAUAAAUGAAACUGAAAGAAGCUGCAGACUUAAGGGCGCAUAGUAGAUUCCUUCAUUUAGUCGGACAUUUCAUCCUGUUAUUACCGGAUUAAAUGAAUUUCGAAAUUCGUGCACAUUAGAUCAGAAAAGGACACCGAAUCAUUGUAAAAAAGUCGAACGACUUAUCCAUGUUUUCAUCUUUGGAAAGCACAAAAAUGGUGUGGGUGAGUCGUAUCUAAAACACCAAUCAAUACUUGUCAUGUUUUCUGCUUUCUUCGUUCCGUCAUUCGGAUAUAGAUACUUAUACUGAAUACUAUAGCAAUGCAUGGAUCUUCCAUUGCGAAAUGUGUAUUCACGGCCCUCAAAAGAAGUGGAUGUGCGAGGGGUUUGUUAACAAGGAUUUAACGAAAAGAUGUCCUCCCCUUUUUAAUUCUAGGCAAUGUGUCGUUGAUUUCCGCAUGAUCGUCGGAUUGCAACGUUCUGAUUAAGGACAACACAGGCAACGUCUUCGUUAUCAACUCUCAGGAUGAACUAUGUAAACGGAUUCACAACCGCUCCCAACACGAUGUCGUCCAAAUGCCCAUGAUUUAUUCUUCAUCGCAGUGGUCCAGAGUUUCCCGUCCAAAUCACAUAACCAGUGGUUUAAAACGCAUGAGUGAUAUAAUCAUCGAAUAUUGAUGCUACCUACAUCAAAUAGUACAUAAGUAUGCCUCUUCCAACUAGCAUGCAUAUAUUAAUCAUUGACAGUUAAACCAUGCUAUUUCUGAUUGAAUCUGAAAUUUACUGGGGGGGGGGGGGUUCUUAUAAGUACUGAUGUUUUUCUUAUCUUAAAUAGUAAUUCAGUCUUUAAAGAAUAUAGAUAUACAGGUACAAUAUUCAGAUUUACGAUAAUAUGUUUGAUUGUGUGUGAUAGCUAUCCAUAACAACAUAUACGUCCACAAUCUGAUUCUGGAAUUACCAUGCUUUACAGAUCAAUACAACUUCACUCUUAUUUUUAUCUACUUAUCGAAUAGUACACAUAUGAAUCUGUCAAACUUUUUUUUUUCUUUUCUUUUUAAACUGAUGUCAAAUUAUUUAACAUGAACUAGUAUAAAACUAGAAUGGCUCAUUCAUUCCUUGGAUAGUUGAACACAUGGUGCAUUGACAGUUGACCAUGAUUUUGUUAUGCCCACCAGACAACCUGUUUUUUUUUAAAGAAAAUAUGCGCUUACCUUUUUCGUAUCAUAUGUAUUGUUGUUGUUUUAGACCAAUGGCAAACCACACUAGCACCAAACCAAACAUUCCUGACGCACUAGUCUUGUACGAGUUUUGCCAUUAUUGAUGUAUUCAUUUUAUUUUAGAUUGCUUAAAAAUAUGUUAAAUUUGCGUAAAUGCACAGUAUAGCCGCAGGUAAAAGUUAUUUACAUUUAUUUUAUUUAGAUUCCAUAAGUCAUUUAUUUAUUUGAUAAUGGAUUGCUCAGAACCUAAUUGGGUCAUGAUCCAGUUUAACAGAUUAACCGAUGUGAAUAUCCAUACUUUUCUGAUGUGUGUAGUUUAUGUGUUUUUGGAUACAUGUGAAAUUCUGUCUAUUGAGGUUCAGUAAUUGUAUUUUGUAGCGUCUUUCUGAGUGGAUAAAUAAGUAAACUAUUGAUAUAUAAAAUAAGAUAUUUGUAUAAACGGACUUUACCUUCACAACCCUAUUGGAUAAGUCAUGAUGUGUUUAUUUUUAAGGUCCGAAGCAUAUACAUUUGGUUUUAAGUUUGAUUGGAUAUAUGUUAAGUUGAGGGACAACUCAAUUGAUUUGACUUUCAUAAUUAUUUAGAUACUGUAUCCAAUACUAUCACUUUUGGUUAAUAGGUCCGUGAUAUCAUAUAACUAAAGGUCACUAAAGUAUAUACGUAUAGAUAAAACAAAAUUAUCAUUGUAAAUGACGCAAAUCGAAUUAUUAAAUUGUGCUAAUGACUAUGAUCAUUUCUAACUUCUAUGUUGCUUGUUAGAACAGUUUUGCAUUUAAUUUGAUAUGAUUAUUUAUGAACAUCGAAAUCAAAAUUAGCCAAAAGUAUGUAUUUGUUGAUAUUGCUAAUAAAAUUAACCUAAAACGGAUAUAAUUACAUUGAAAGUAACAUUAAGGUAGUUAUAUCAAUACUUAUAAUUCAUCGAACUUGUAUUAAACAGUUGAUUAUUAAUGGAGAAAGGAAGAAAAACAGCGAAAUCGGUAUAAACGAUUGUCGUUUUUUGUUGACUUUCGUAUAGGACAUUUUUACACGUUUUGUUUCCCGAAAUUUCCUUUUUAAAAAGAGUUUCGACAUUAGAUUAUUUCUACCUGAAUUAUACAUAACAUUCAAGUAAUAAUGAUGAACUUACUAAUUCAAUCCUUGCUGUUUUGUUUUGUUUUACCAUAAGCCAUACUUUUUAUCUGAGUGUCAAGUGUCAAGUAUUACUUCUGUAUUAUUAUCGUUUGCUUCUGCGUAUUUGGUGAAGGGCCCUUUCUUAGGAGUCACAUGACACUAUAGACGUAACCUUAUCGCUAUCUGCGUGGUGCCAAUUGUCUACAAGACUGAGACACCACCUUACACCACACCCAGUGCGAAAGACUCUAAAAUGUCAUAACCCACAAAGCCUGCGAUUAAACUAUGUCAUUCACUUUUCGUGGGAUUGCCAUGUUUCAUUAAAAAAAGUUAUCAUACCAUGAACAAAAUUCAUUGAACUCAAUAUAGUUUAAAUAUUUUUUGAAGCCCAGCUCCACUCCCUGUUUAUUUGGAGAAGAAAUGUUUAUAACGUUAUUAAAACAUCCAUUUACAAUAUCAUAUCGAUUUAACUUGAUAAAACAGCGUGAAUCCAUAAUAAAACCGUUUUUCGAGUUCAAUACUUAAAUAUGCAGUGAUAAAGAGAAAAGGCAUAACUUACAGUGGAGUAGAUUGUAAAUUUGAAUUUUCUAUAUGGGACAUGAUAACCAUACAUGCAAAAUUGUUAGCUAAAUUGAUCAUGCUUAACAGUUUAAUCUCAUAUUACGUGAAAUAAUACUGAAACCUGCAUGUCUUUAUCGGAACGGAAGUAAGCGGAUAGGAUUCACAAUGGAUAAGUUAUCAAAUUGAAUAUACAUUAGUGAAACAUUGAAUAAUGCUACAAACGUAAUUACAUAAAAGUGUGGUACAAAUGUCUUAAACGACUCCAUUCCCUUGAAGUCACCAUUUAUAUAUUUUACAGGGUUUCACCGUCGAGUUUGUUUUCAUUUUAAUAAAUGGUAAACCCAUUUUCUCUCAAAUCAGUGUUACAUUUUUCAUCAAGUGUUACAUUUAAAAGACAAAUCCCAGCCAGCACGCAUGUUGAUGAAGGCCAGAAAUGGGCAUAUCAGUACCAUCGCGAUGUUGGGAUGAUGAUGUAUUAAACAAAAAGAAUUUAGUAUCUCCCUUUGUUCUACUAUGUUAAAACUUUUCGAAAAGAUAGUUUUAAACCUUCUUGAAAAAGACGGUUCUAUAGAGUUAAACCCCUCUCAAGGUGGCUUUCAAAAGAACGUAAAUUGUACUAUGACGUCAUUUAUGUUACGUGAAUGCAUUUACUAUGCCAAAUAAAAUAACUCGAAACUAUAUACAUGUUUUCUUGACGCCAAACAGGCCUUCGAUCAUACUUGGCUAUCUUCGCUUCUUCUGAAGUUGUACAGAACCGGAGUUGAUAUUUCUCUAUUUAGUAUAUUAAAAUCGUUCUUUGAAAAUAGUUUCAGUUGUGUCAAAACCAACGGAUUUUCGUCUGAAUUUUUCCCGAUCCUACAAGGCACUCGCCAAGGCCAAUGCUGUAGCCCGCAAUUUUAUAUCCUCUUUAUUGAUGAAUUACUACAUAAGAUUGACGCCUGCAACAGCAGCUUUAAGAUACAUAACAUGGUCUGCGCAUGUCCUACAUCAGCAGACGAUAUGGUCAUUAUCUCUAAUGUAAAAAGGGGUCUCGACGAUCUCCUAGAUGUCUGCUUUCACCAUGCCGGAAAGGAAAGGUAUUACUAUAAUCCAUCAAAAUGUAAAGUUUUAGUAUUUAAUGAAAAUAAAAAGAGCCCUAGGACAUGGAAACUUGGUGAUUAUUUAAUUAAUGAAUCCGAUUCAUAUAACCACCUUGGAAUACUUUGUAAUAAACAAUUAAAUAUCAAUGAAAACAUAUCAGAAAGCUGCCAUAAGCUUCGAAAAACGUUUUUCAGUGUGACAAACUGUGGAAUCGGUAAAAACGGGCUAAACCCAAUCACUUCAAUACGCAUCUACGAAACGAAAGUUCUCUCAGCCGCUCUAUACGGGAGCGAACUCUGGAGCGGUGUCACUUCGAACCAGUUGCUCCCCUUGGAAAGAAUCCACCGGCAAUGCAUUAAGUGGAUCCAAGGGGUCCCAAAAGAAUCACGCACAGACAUUGCACUCAGUUGUCUUGGAAUCCAACCAAUUCAAAAUUUCAUUGAUUCGAAAAAAUUAGCAUUCUUAUGUCAAUUAUGUCACGCUGAUCCAAAUAUGAAAAUUAAAAAAGUCUUUGUCAACAGACUUUUAUCGUUUAUAUCACAACCUAUAAAAGCUCAGGGAUUUAUCCCUGAUAUAUAUAGUAUUCUAGGUAAAUACGAACUCACAUCAUACUUAACAGAAUUUUCUAAGUCUUCCGUGUUUCCAAACAAAUUCGUUUGGAAAAGAAUUUGCAAAUCAGCCAUUGAUGAACAUGUGACAAAAUCGUGGAAAAGUAGAGUACACAAUGACGAAAACCUCAAACUAUUCUCCCUUUUUCACUCCAAUUAUGAAUUUUGUCUGAUAUGGCGAUUUCUAAAAAGCUUCCCAGUCUAUAAAAAGCAAUGUUUCUCAAUGUUCGGUUUAUUAUGUAAAUUUUUUGCACGGAAGUAUUUCAUUACAUGCUAUCAUUGUAAUGCAGUAACAAAUGAAAUUGUUCUGCAUAAGGUGUUCUUUUGUCCAUAUUUUGAAAAUGAACGAUGCCGGCUAUGGUCCAAACUUAUAAACCUCUUAGGUGAAGAACAUUUUAGACGCUUGAUUUUAUUAAAUCUGAACCAUCAACUUGUUGAGAUGUUAAGAGGAUUCACCAAUCUUGACAUUACUGAUGAAUGUCGAAUCCAGUGCUUUAUUGUAGUGUCAAAUUUUGCAAAAAAUAUAAAUUGACAAUAAAUGCCAUUGUAACCACAACACAAUUGUAAACGGACUUUAUUUCAAUCAAACGAUAAGCGUCAGUUCCUGUCAAAUGAUAUAGGCAAUGUAUUAUUUGUAUAUAUUGUAAAUAACCUUAUGCUUUAUAUGUGUCCAUAACGUUUGUGUGUUUGUUUGUUUUUUGUUGUUAUU